ACAAGAAAAAGAGCUGUUUCAUUCUUGUUACUAGUGAGUGUAUUUUUUGUCAACUCCUCUGUAUAUGGGCAUUAUUUUGGGAUGUUACUUGUGAAAGUAAUAUUCCUCAUAGACCAAGUAUGAGAUACAUUCGCACAGGAAGCUUCAAGAAAUUCUUUCAUAGUAUCAGGAAAAGUAGAAGCUUUGAUGAACAAGAAUGCCAAAGAGUAAGUCUUGUCAGUGAUCAAGAGAACAAGAAUGGUGACUUGAUAAAAGAUUUUUCCUUGAUAGAGCCUUCUCAGUCGCCAAGGUGCACUUGGAAGAGCUUUUGCUUUAAUGAAAUCUUCAGAGCAACCAAUGGUUUUAGCUCUGAUAAUUUGGUAGGAAAAGGAGGGUAUGCAGAGGUAUACAGAGGAGAACUAGAAAACGGGGUGGCAAUUGCUGUGAAAAGGCUAACAAAAUUAUCAAAUGAUGAGAGGAAGGAGAAGGAGUUUUUGUCAGAGAUUGGAACAUUAGGUCAUGUCAACCAUCCAAAUGUAUCUUCACUUCUAGGCUGUUGCACUGACAAUGGCCUUUAUCUCAUUUUUCACUUCAAUCCCAAAGGCUCUGUUGCUUCUCUUCUUCAUGAUGAGAAUUCUCCAACAAUGGACUGGAAAUCAAGGUACAAGAUCGCGGUUGGAACGGCUUUAGGCCUCCAUUACUUGCACGAAGUCUGUCCUAGAAGAAUCAUUCAUAGAGAUAUUAAAACUUCCAAUAUUUUGGUGACCGCAGAUUUUGAGCCACAGAUAUCUGACUUUGGAUUAGCAAAAUGGCUGCCAUCGCAAUGGACUCAUCAUUCUAUAGCUCCCAUUGAGGGGACAUUCGGGCAUUUGGCCCCAGAAUAUUUCACCCACGGAGUUGUGGAUGAGAAGACUGAUGUUUUUGCUUUCGGAGUUUUUUUAUUAGAGAUUAUGUCUGGCAAGAAGCCGGUGGAUGGCUCUCACCAAAGCCUGCAUAGCUGGGCUAAACCGAUACUAAACCAAGGAAAUAAUGAAAAGCUGGUAGACUCAAGGCUUAGAGAUGCAUAUGAUGUGAAGCAAUUUAACAGACUAGCAUUUGCAGCAUCUCUUUGCAUUCGGGCUUCUUCCGUGGGGCGCCCGACAAUGAGUGAGGUACUGAAAGUGAUGGUAAAGGAAGGUGAAAUUGAUAAAGAAAGGUGGAAAUUGCCAUUCGAAGAAAAAGAGGAAGAGGAAGAUGAGUUUUGGGGUUUCGAAGAUCUUGAAUAUGAUGAAUGUAAUAGCUCCUCGACCUCUCUUCAGGAUGACUGUCCCCUGGUUCUUGGCGAUGCCAUUUGAAUGUAGUAUGUAUAUUUAUUUUUAGUCGGACUAAUUACUGGGAGAGUUAUGAUGAAAAUCUUUACACCUUCAUAAUUUUGGAUGCAACAGGAUCAGACUCUAAUUAAGAGUCAGUUUGCUCAAGUUACAUUAUUAUAUCUAUGGGAUUAGAUUAAUUUUGUCA